AUGAUUUCCUGUCAUCAGUCAGAUUGCAGGAAUUCUCAAGAAAAAGAACGAAAAACAUGGCAGUCCUACACAUUUAAAACAAGAAAUACCUACCAAGAAAGAUUUGAUGAGAUUAUGAAAUUAAUAAUAGGAAUAUUAUUUCCAAAUGAUGUUGAUGAAGUAAUUGAUGACAUAAAAUGUCCCAAGCAGUUAAAUGAAGAAAACAGAACUAGUCAUACAGAGUACAAAGAUAUUGUCACUUCAUACAGAAAAGCAGAAUCCUGGCAACAAGGUGACAGUUCCAUGUUAAAAAUACUUGCCCAGUGUGGUGCUAAAGUCAGAAAAAGCCUUGAAGGACUGGACUAUUUUGUAGCAGAAGGAGGACGUGCCUUCAUUACCUUUCAAGAUGUCUUAGACAAAUUGCUGACCUACGACGCUAUAUCACCAGAUGACCACAAAAGUUUCCAGGCACUGUUCUUACAAUCAAAGCAGUAUUUAAGGACUGACUAUAAGGUACAACAAGCAACAAAGAGUAUUUUCAGCCUGAAAAAGCACAUAAUAAGAUGCAAAAACCAAGACCUAGCAAAAACUCAUCUUUUUGAAACCAUGCCUUCAGGUGAAGUUUUACUGGUAUGUGACUGGGCUAUGAAGUUUUUACCCCGAAAGUUUCGUGAAGAUCAAUGUGAUUGGUUCGGAAAGAGAGGAAUACCAUGGCACAUAUCUAUAGCAUUCUGUAGGAAAGAUGAUGGAAGCAUUGGUAGCCUUGGGUUUGUUCAUUUGUUUGCAACCCAAAUAUCCCAGGACAGCCAAGUAACAGCCAGUAUUAUCCAAGAUGUAAUGGAUAAAAUUAUAGAAAUUAACACCAAUGACAUAAAGUUUCAUGUAUGGUCUGACAAUGCUGGUUGUUACAAGUCAACAGAGAUGCUUUCAUUCUUAUUCCAUUCAGGUCUUACCCUGUCAUUUGACUUCUGUGAAUCCCAGAAUGGGAAGGGACCAUUUGACCGCACUGCUGCAACCAUCAAAUCUUCUAUUAGAAGAUAUGUAAACCAGGGUCAUGAUGUACUUACAGCACAAUCAAUGAAAAAGGCAAUAGACAAGUCAGCAAAAAAUGUGAAGUACAUAGUUCGUGUCAUAGAAGGAACUGAGUGUAGGAAAACUAAGUACACUGCUAUACCUGCAAUAUCAACCUAUAGUAACUUCACAUUUAGCGCACAUGGCAUUACUGCAUGGAAGGCAUACCAAGUUGGCACAGGAAAGCUAAUACCUUCAUCUGAUAUUCCAAGUGUUGAAAAGUGUAUUUUAAAUACCUCAUGUCCAGAGAUAGAGGGAGAAAUUGAUGUUGAUUUUCGCCAACUGCCACUUAACAUGCUUAAAGCUGAAAAGGAAGAAAACACCAUAACAUGUGCAAAUGAAGGAUGCACACUGUCUUUUUCAUCUUUUCAUGACCUGUCAAGCCACUUAAUGUUCGGCAAGUGUGAGUUUGAAUUCAGGUGCCAGUUUAGUAAUGGAUAUAACAUUACUAAGAAGACUUACAUUACAAAGAUAUCUAAGUCUUUUUCAACCAACUUUCAAGUUUCAUCAGCAGGGCUGACAGUUGGAAUUAAUGACAACUCUGAUUUAGAACUUGGCUGGGCAUUAAAAGAAGAAAGGAAGAACAAAAGGUUUAAUGUGAACCAAAAAGAAUAUCUCACUGAAAAGUUUAACAAAGGUCUAAAAACUUGCAGAAAGGAAGAUCCUUUUUUGGUAUCAGAGGAAAUGCUGACUGAGAGAAAAGAAGAUGGAAAUAGAAGAUUUUCAUAUGACGAAAUCCUUUCGGUACAACAAAUCACAAGUUUCUUUUCUAGAAUGAGCAGGAAGAACAAAUCAUUUGAUGAUUCUGUUGAUGCAUCAAGGGAAGAAACUAUAACUAUCAGGAGAGAACUAACUGCAGAUGAACUUAAUUAA